UAUUGAUGUAUUGCAAUUGCAUUUACACACGGGAUCACCAUUUGAUUCAAACAAACACUACAUCAACACAUGAUCCACCUGAAAAACUCAAAUCAAUUUAGAAUCUAGUUUUUCGCAUUCGCAAUAGCAAACCAGCAACCAGGUCAUCAAUCUGAGUAGUUCAUACUUGGAUCUACCCCUCCAACCAACCAACAAAAUGACGGGUGCUAAGUUCGGUAUCAACGGUUUUGGCCGUAUUGGCCGCUUGGUCUUUCGCGCGGCCAUGGAAAACCCAGCUGUGAACGUCAACGGCAUCAAUGACCCUUUUAUGGACUUGGAAUACAUGGUAAGAUUCUGAUUCAACAAUUUGUUGCUAUCUUUAGCUCGUUCAUGUGCACCUUUUUCUCCUGCUUGAUAUACUUACUUACAUGGACAUACCGACUUUAACAAACUUCUUGUCGCCAAGUACAAAAAUCACACACAGAAGCACAAGGACCAACCAUCAGCCACUCAACAUAUCAACACUCUCAUCCCGCAGGUCUACCAACUGAAAUACGAUUCCGUCCAUAAGCGGUUCGAGGGUACCAUUACGACCAAAGUCCUAGGAGAUAAGGAGUUUUUGGUUGUGAAUGGUCAGGCUAUUCAGGUGUUCCACGAGAAGGAUCCGGGAAGCAUUCCAUGGGGUGACGCUGAUGUGGACUACGUAUGUGAAUCGACGGGAGUGUUUCUUGAGACGACGAAAGUUAUGAACGAAAUUUUGAACUAGCUUGUAGUUGUAGUGUUCAUCAUGCAUGGGCUUGAAAUUGAAUCCAGCCAGAUGAAUAUUUUCAAAUUAUGCGCCUGCCUCACAUCUUCAAUUACCCACUCAAUAAAAAGCCUUCUCUUCUAAUACACCCGAAGCUCACAUCAAAGGUGGAUGUAAGAAGGUUAUCAUGUCGGCACCUCCAAAGGACAGCACGCCAAUGUUUGUCAUGGGCGUCAACCACACUGCCUACACCAGCGAUAAGACUGUCGUGUCCAACGCUAGUUGCACCACGAACUGCCUGGCGCCGUUGGCUAAGGUUCAUCUAAGACUUCUGUGCUUCUUGUAUUCCUUGGAAAUAAUAACUUCUGUGCUUCCAUUCCUUCAGAAUACGUGGAUCGAUUUAGCAACACGAAAUCAACAUCAAAACAACGAGGAUCAAGAAUUUGUUUUUGCACCAGAAAGAUGACAACUACCUCAAGCAAUGUUCCACCACAACAUCAACAUCAAGGUAAUUCACGAAAAGUACGGCAUUGCCGAGGGUCUGAUGACUACUGUUCACGCUAUGACGGCUACCCAAUUGGUUGUCGAUGGUCCUAGCAGAGGUGGAAAGGACUGGCGUGGCGGACGCUGCGCGUCCCAGAACAUUAUCCCGAGUGCAACAGGAGCUGCCAAAGCUGUCGGAAAAGUGAUUCCGUCUUUGAACGGCAAGUUGACUGGUACUUCUGAUGUUGUACUUGUUCUCAGAAGUAGUUUUGCUUGUUGCAUGUCGUAGGCGAGAUCCAGUAUAAACACGAAAAAUCUCUCAGGUAUGGCCUUCCGCGUCCCCACUCCGGAUGUCUCCGUUGUAGAUCUGACGUGCAAGCUUGAGAAGCCGGCUUCUAUGUCGGAUAUUGUCGCAGCGUGCAAAGAGGCUGCAGCUGGUGACAUGAAGGGCAUCUUGGUUAUGGCACACUUGUACUUGGUUACCUUUACUAGUAUGUAAGUAUCUAUUCUAGAAAUAUAUGUCUACUCAGAUUUCGUAUUUGUAAGUCCAUUUCGUGUCAGACUGUGGGGGGUAGGUUGUUCUUUUUGUACAGUUCAGUCGUAGUCCAAUCUUCCAUGCGUGUCUUUUUCCUUCUUCCUUCCUCUCCGACUUUCCCCGUCUCCCUAUCCCAAACGACACGACAUUCCUUCUCUAACCCCAACGUGACCGAAGAUGAGGUUGUCUCCACCGAUUUCGUCGGUCACAAGUGCUCUUCCAUCUUGGACGUGAAAGCUGGUAUCCAGCUCAACGAAACUUUUGUCAAGCUCGUCUCCUGGUACGACAACGAGUGGGGCUACUCCAACCGAUUGGUCGACUUGGCGGUCCACAUGGCCAAGGUGGAUGGAGCUGCGUAAGCACUGGAUGGAACUGCGUAAGUACUAGAAGUUCCAGCUAAUUUAGGUACAACUUUGGAGAACAAGGAACAACAACAUAAGUACUUAUAUAAUAAUACGACAAGGUGGCGUAAGAACAGCUUGAAAAAUACACUGAGAUGAAAAGUUACAUUCAACAAUUUCAAUUGUAGUUGUAACGCCGCAAUUAUUGUGUAGAGCAACAUGAAUAUGGCGAUGAGGAGACAUGCCAAAUGCAGAUCGCAUCAUCUACUUGGCAAGUUUUUAAGAAAACACAAACAAAGAAUGGCCAUAGGCCCCGCGGCCACGACAACACAAGAAAAUGAAAAACUAAUCCCCAUUGCUAGAAUCUAAUAUCGCUAAAGCUAAUACUAGUAUUUGAUUUUCACUAUGGUGUAUCGAUCGUUCUUGAUGUCUCACUGUUUCAUUCUCGCUUCUUAGAAUUCAAAGCUUACAUAGACAUACUUAGUUAUAGCGGUUCCCAUAUUCAACAUAGGAAUAGCGCAUUGAAAAAUUAUGUGGGUCUACUCAAUCUAGUUAAUAUGGAGUUAAAAAUAUUUUCAUCUUUGCAUCUUGUGCUGGCCUCAAUGUGCCUGGCACUGGUGGACCUUUUUCCACGAUCUUCCUUGAGGUGUUAAAGUUGUAAGGUCCAAGUGUAUAAUGUAUUUGAUUUUCCUCGCACCAAGGCCUCUUCAACCCUCUUAUUAGUCAGCAUGGUGCUUUUCUUUUCUCGCGGAGGUAUACGAUUUUGCACGAACUCUGCUUCACGAAAACACAUCAAAUAAGUAGACGAUUUAAUCUGACGCUCGCACGCACAGUAGCUUCAUUCUCAUCGGCAGGGAAACCUAGUCGUGACCAUUGC